GGAAAGCUCUGACUGUCCUGGUUUUCUGCAGCAUGCACACUGGUGAGGUGGCGUCUGAUCGCGUUCCUCUCCACAGCUGAAUACGCACACAAGUGGCACCGGUGGAGCUUUUCACCGGCCUCUCGUAGUUGAUGGAUGUGUAGCUUGCUCUUGCUGGUGAAGUAGCGUUUGCAGGUGAGACACUGGAGGCUGGGGUCGGGGAAAUGGAGGUGCAUGUGCUCUUGCAGGUGGGAGCGCAUUUUGAAGCAGCGACGACAUUUAGGGCAGGUGUGUGUGCGAUAGAUGUGCUCUGAUCCUUCUGCGAGGAACUCUGAUAGACAAGAACAAAACGAUACGGACAUUUAGUCAAAAUAUAAAGAGAUGGUAAGACUUAUGGUAUUCAUACUUUGGUUAUUUAUUUGAAUUUUUAAGAAAAAUAAUUAUAUGCAGGUGAAUUUAUAUUAUCUGUUUUUGUCACUAUGAUCUAGAUAUACCUUUAGAUGGCAGUGUUUCAGUGUCUCCAGCUGAAGUUGUGUCUCUUUUUGUCGUCUUUUUCACUCUCUUCAUGAUUUGUCUCUUAGGCUGUUCUUCCAUUUCUUCUCCUGGUAACGAAGAUGCUGAUUAGGAUUUCAGUUUUCUUUUCGGUCUUCAAACUGUCAAACUAUCAAACCGAGGUUCAUAUUAUUUAGUACAAACAAUAAAUUCUACAGUUGAACUUUUUAUGAAUUCAUGAGUCAGUGGUUGACAUGUUGAUAGCAGCUGCAUGUAUGUAAAAAAAAGUACUGUGAUACGUGAGGGUAGGGCUGGGUGAUCACUUUUAUUUAGAAAAGUAGCUUGUAGUAGUGCAACUUGAUAUUUUUUGUACAUGCAACUUCAGUAGUUGUCGUCUUCAGUUUAUGUGCUCUGAAAUGCACUUUACUUUAUAAAACGGAUGUAUUUGUGUUAAAGAUUUGAGUCUUUUAAUACAUUUGCUUGGUUUGAAUUCUAUAAAAGUGGGUCGCGACUUAAGGACCAUGGGAAACUGUGGGUCCCAGGGUGCGACCAGUUGAGAACCACUGAUUUAAAACCCUUUUAUUUCAGCAGUCAACUAUGUUUUCAUUCACCCACAGAUUUAGUGACAUUAAAAGUCUUUAUAUGUUGCUUUAGAUUUCCUAACACACUUAUUCAUAUAUAUUUUCAUGCUUGCAGUAGGUCACUCACUUGUAAUCAAACUGUAAUUCAUCUUAAAUCCACUUUAACCCUGUUUCUCCCUACCGCCUGGCUUUACACUGUUCAUUGUACCUGAAAAACACAACAUCAACACUUAUCAGCUCAACAGCGUGCACUCGUGUUUGUGAUCAUCUGCACUUGUACUCAGAAGAUUACCUCUAUAAAAACGAAUAAGAUAAAAACUCACUUACCUUUUAUGAAAACACAAACAGGGAUUUACCGGCUACAUAAUACUGCUAGCAUAACAAACGUUAGCAUCUCGGAGGUUUUUCGUCCGACCGGUUCAAUCACAGUUCCUGCCCGGAGUUCGUGAAGUUAUUCCGGUCCGUACAAUUCAACAGAGCAAAGAAAUAAUAAAAAAUAUCAUAAUAUUUAUUUUAGAGAGUAUUUUUGAGUUAGCUUGCGGGGAAAUAACUUCAAAUGGAAGAGGGGGAACCAACGUCUACAGGAAAGUCGGAAUCGAAUGAGUGAAACACAGGAAGUGUAGUAGAGGUCGGUUCCACUACAGUAACAUAUGGAGCAUUUUCAUACAUUGAACCCAUGAGGGUUUACUCGGCUGUUUUAAGGAUUAAAUCCGCGGACUUCAGACUCUAAAUUACCGUUACUAUUUUGCGAUGUGCGCUGAAGACAAAAAGGCAAGACUGCGGGAUGAUAAAUGAUAAUUUAACAUGAUAAAAUUAUGAAAAACUAACAUUUAUCAGACAGAUCGUUCCCUUACAGCUGUUAUGAGGAUUCUUAGAGGACUAAAACAUCUCUGCUCAGUCUGAAAUGUCUCAUAUUUUGUGAGUUAGCUUCUUGUGACUCUACAAAGAAGAACUUUAGUCUGAGGAGGUUUUGCAGAGACCACCAUCAUGCCCCUGUCAGACUUUCUGGAUGGCCUGAAGGACAACCCUUACUUUGGAGCAGGGUUUGGACUGGUGGGGGUCGGGACAGCCUUGGCAGUGGCCAGAAAAGGAGCCCAGGUUGGGAUGAUAUUCUUUCGCAGGCACUACAUGAUCACCCUAGAGGUCCCCAGCAGAGAUAAGAGCUACCACUGGCUGCUGAGCUGGAUCACCAAACAUGCCCGGCACACCCAGCACCUGAGCGUGGAGACCUCCUACCUGGCUCAUGAGAGUGGACGGGUCCACACACAGUUUGACUUCCACCCGAGUCCAGGAAACCACAUCAUCUGGUAGGAGAAGUGACCUUAACAUCAUCUCUCAUGAAGUGCAAAAACAAUCAAUAUAAAAGUAUAUUCACAUUUAUACAUGCGAUGUAAAUGUAAAUGUUAUUUAUUUUAUUAACCAACAUGCUUUACAAUACAUAGAAAAUAAAAAUGAGUAAAUAAAAACAAUAAAAAAAGAAUAAAAUACAAUGCAAUAAAAUAAAGUGUCACCAUGCCACUGGGUAUUAAAUCCUAAAUCCUAAAAGAGGCGGGAAGCCAGUGAAGGAAGCUAAGGACUGGAGUGAUGUGCCCACGUCUGUUAGUGUUAAAAGACGGGCAGCAGCAGCAUGUAAAUGAACCGGUUUUCACAUCUGGCUAGGGUUUGGGACACUGUGCUGUUUGUUUACAACCUUUCCAAUUUAUUUCCUUUGCGGUCUGCAGGUAUGGGAGGAAGUGGAUCAGGGUGGAGAGGACAAGAGAGAAACAGAUGGUGGAUCUGCACACUGGAACUCCCUGGGAGUCCGUGACCUUCACUGCUUUAGGCAGAGACAGACAGAUUUUCUUCAACAUCCUACAAGAAGGUAAGAAGAAGAGCACCGGACGGCUCGUAUAGACCUGCCUUACUGUGUGAAGGCUGCAGUCGAGUUUAAAGGUUCUUAAUGCAGCUCUCAAUGCCUUUUUGCAGCCAGAGAGUUGGCCCUGAAGCAGGAGGAGGGACGGACAGUGAUGUACACAGCCAUGGGUGCAGAGUGGAGGCCCUUUGGGUUUCCACGGCGACGCAGGCCCCUCAGCUCUGUGGUCCUGGAUGCGGGUGUCGGAGAAAAGAUCGUGGAUGAUGUGAAGGAGUUCAUAGGAAACCCAAAGUGGUACACAGACAGAGGUAGAAAAUCCUGUUUUCACUUAGUGUGUAGAUGAAUAGUCUAUAUAAAUCAUGUUUUUGUGUCAUGACUGUUACUGUUUUGAGAUAUUUUGCCCAAGCUGUGUCUGUGAAAAAACUAAUGUUACAUUCUUUCAAAACUUUUUAAAUUUAACAUAGAAAGUCAAGUGUCUAAAAGAUUUAGAGUCCAUGUAGGCUGCAGUUUAACCUGUACUCUUGACAGCUUUACAGUCAUGGUUAUUUGUAUGAAACUGAUAAUGUUCUGCUGUGUUCCUUAAUUUUGUCCCUGCAGGUAUCCCCUACAGAAGAGGAUACCUGCUCUAUGGUCCUCCUGGGUGUGGAAAAAGCAGCUUCAUGUGAGUGGGCAAAGGGAUUCAUAACCUUUAGUAUUAUAUUGAUAUUAUAUUUCAUAGUAUAUGAAAUUAUUGUGUGAUUACUCUGUGACUCAUUCUAUCACAGCACGGCUCUGGCAGGCGAGCUGGGUUACAGCAUCUGUCUGAUGAGUCUGAGCGACAGAACCCUGUCGGAUGAUCGCCUGAACCACCUCCUGAGCGUGGCGCCGCAGCAGAGCAUCAUCCUGCUGGAGGACGUGGACGCAGCGUUUGUCAGCAGAGACCUGCUCCCCACAGAGAGUGAGUAACAGAGAUCAGAGGGAGGAUGGUGGGUUUGGGUUUGGGGGUCAGAAACAAACGGUGACGUAAAAAGGAGAGACUGACUUUCAUUUUAAAAUCCAUUUUGUCUUUUUCUUUCAGAUCCGAUGGCUUUUCAGGGAAUGGGGAGACUGACCUUUAGCGGCCUGCUGAAUUCUUUAGACGGAGUUGCUUCAUCUGAGGCCAGGAUAGUUUUCAUGACCACCAACUUUAUCGACAGGUAGAGAAUAAGUUUAUGUUGUUAUGGGGCAUUAAAGAACAAACAGAGAGUACAAAUACAGUCAACAUAGCAGAGAAAAUAAUUCACACUUUGGUUAAAUCUAAAUGUACCCUGAGUUUUCCCAGUAACCUAAAAGGCCAUGAUGUCUAAGAUGAAAUUAGUCAGGACAGCAACAGCUGACAGACUGUGAGACCUAAACAUUGGUUUUAACUGAUCCUCAAUUUGCUUUGCAGCUUUUGGAAUUGCAUGAUUUGCUGGCAUGUUUCACAUAACUAAUAAUGUAAAAUACUGGAUGUGCUUCUAUUUAUGCUGUCCCCUGGUGGAAUAAAAAGUUAUGCAGCAUCAAAUAUUUAAAUAAAUUAAAGUAAGAGUGCACUGUUCCUGCUAAACUCGUCCUAUUUUAGAGCCUUUACCUCUCCAGCUCAUGUUUUUUUUGAUGUUUCACCGAUCAUUUGCACAAAGACAGAGGUGUAUUUUCAGUCCUCCUAAGCACCAUCCUCUCCUGUAUCUCCUCACACAGGUUAGACGCGGCUCUGAUCCGACCCGGACGUGUGGAUCUGAAGCAGUACAUCGGGCACUGCACUCAGGAGCAGGUUGCACAGAUGUUCCGGCGGUUUUACCCGGACGAGCCCGCCUCUGAAGCGGAGCGGUUUGCAGAGCAAGCGUUGGCCGCUCACUCUGAGAUCAGCGCUGCUCAGGUGCAAGGACACUUUCUGCUGCACAAAAUGGACCCUGCAGGAUCUAUAAAGAACGUUAGCCAAUUGAAAGGCUGAGUGGAUGGGAGGGAGAUUGUAGACGGAUGACUGAAUAAAAAAAGAAAAGAGGAAAAGCAUCGGCCUUUUCUUAAAUUUACAUUUUCAGAUGAAAUUACGGUGACUGGUGUGCACUGAUGCCAAAGACUGUCAAGAGAAGAUGAUUAAUAACAAAUAAAUGAUUUACUCUUCGGUGCUCCUGAUCACAUAUGUGAAACACACACCGCUCAUCUUGGAUGAUUUCUUUUGGAGAAACUAGAUUGCUGUUUCAGUCCAGGUGCUGAAGAGUAUUUUAGCCUCGUGUGCAACCUGCACAGUUUUUUAUCCACAUGGAAACAAGAACAAAAUUAAUUUUCUGUGUGAUCGAGAUGCAGAAAACUUGUUCAUAGAUGUUGAUCAACCAGGAUAACAAAAAUAAAAUUGCAAAUCAUGAGAACUUA